AUGUCGGCCGAUCAGCUAAUAGUAUCACCCCACCAUUCAUCCAAGGGAUGCUGCAACGGGAAAAGUGUCACACGCCAAUACACCAAGAAGCGAACAUCUAUUGAAGAUGGACUACAAUGGGGAUCUGAUCCCAGCUUUUGCUUCCAUGGUUUUUCUCGCCCGAUUGGAACAUGGACAGAAGACCGACUUGUCCGAAACCUGCUACGCGACAUGGCCUGCAUGUUUAGCGGCGUCGACAUCGACGGCAACUUGGAUAUCAAAGCGUUAAAUUAUCCCGUCAACUGGCUUUUUGAUUCAAGGAAUCCAAUGAUUCUCAAGCCAGAACAAGCUUCUUCAACAAAAUCUAGAGCUGUUCUCUCCACCAUCCAAUCUACCAUCCCAUCAACGUUGUCUUUCGCGCCAACAACCACAGUCCAACGAGUGAAUGAUGAAAAUCCGCCAAUCAAGAAGCAAAAAUGUGUACAAGGGCCUGGUCAGGCUCUCUGUCACUGCCGGUCAGAGAAAAAGAGACGAGAGGCAGUCGGAAAAGGAUAUCACGAUCUUGGUGAAAUUGUUCCGGGGCUUGCGAACAAUAAUUUUACGAGAAAGUAUGUUCUGGAUAAAACAGCGAAAUAUGUCCAGGAAUUAGUACUGGGUAAUCAGAAGUUGCGACAAGAACUGGAAUCUCUAGAACAAGAGGAGAAGGAUAUAGGGAUGCUGUUCAAAUUUGCUCACGAUUGA